CAAUAUGGCUGACAGCGCCUUGUUUGAAAGACGAUGAUUGCGAAAAAGUUGCAAAUAUAUACUUAUCCCUGUGUAAAAGAUGGCACAACCUAGCACGAAUGUGCUGGUGUGUUCAAAGAUAUAAUUAGCCUUACAUAUAAGUUUGAUGGAAUCGUCUUGUAAAGAUAAAAACACUCAUGGUAUGGUGUUGAUAAGCGGUGGCUGUCACUGUCUCCGAAAGUCGUGUUGAAACGUGUGCCGUUACUAAUAUUUUAGGUUUUAGGUUGAUUUAAUUUAGUUCUCCCAUAUACGUCAUCAUGGCGUCCGUCGGCGAUGCUAGUGUUGGCAGUGCCCAUAUGUUCCGUGGAUCUGAGUAUAUUGUGACACUCGAAAGCCAAGCAGGUGCUGUUUUGGUGGAAGUUGAAGACCGGUUGUCCGCCGAUCAGUGGAGAGCUACAUUUGACUCAGCCUAUAUCGAGGAUCUCACACACAAGACUGGGAAUUUCAAACAGUUCAGUGUCUUUGUCAGCAUGCUUGAGUCGGCUAUAUCACAGAGCAGUGACAGUGUAGCCUUGGACCUGUUGACCUAUGCCGACCUGGAGUCUCUCCGACAGAGGAAGUCAGGCAGCACUGUCAAGUCCUCCAUACCUGCACCGAGGGCCACUCUCCUCAACUCAAAACGCUACCUCAUCCUCACGUAUACUGUAGAAUUUGACAGGAUCCACUACCCGCUGCCACUGCCCUAUGUGGGGAAGCCAGACCCGCGCCACCUGCAGGAGACCAUCAGGAAGCUCAAGGGGGAGAUCAAGGUCAUGCGACAUCAGGGAAUCUCAGAAACCAAAAUGAGAGAGAAUGAAAGACUUCAUAAAGAGAACUGCCGUCUGCAGAAAGACAAAGAAGCGCUAGAAGCUGACUUCCUCCAGUACCGCCGUGAGCUGAAGAGCACUUCCACAGGGAGUGCUGUCAACGAUGUGCGGAUGCUGAAGACACUGGUGAAGAAUCUGGAAGAAGAUCUGAUGAAGGAGAAGUCCAAGCAUCAGAGACUGGCCAGCAAGCGGGGACAGGAGUACAGGGAGCUUCUAGAGGAGGUUGAGGAACUAAGAGCCUCUGAGAGAAACCUACGAGUCAGAGUUAAAAGUUUAACAAAUGAGUUAGCUCUUUACAAGCGGGAUCGUGCAAGAGGAACCCAGAGAACGUCCCGCAACUCCACGCGAGAACGGUCAUCUUCCUACGAUCGGUACACGCGAGAACGGUCGCUGUCCAAUGACAGGUCCUACAACAGAGACAGAACACAUUCACAGGACAGACUGUAUGGCCGGCCUCGAUCUUCAUCCAGGGAGAGGCCAUCCACUGCUCCAAACAGAAGCAGCCUCAGCGACAGAUCUCCCUCAACUAGAAACAUUUAUCUCCACACCAGGAGCCGAACACCUUCACCAGCAGGGGCCCGCAACCCACGCUUUGAUCCCACAGCUUACAUCAAGGAAAAAGAGCGAGUGAAAAGGGAAUCUCACUUAAAAAAGAAGAGGGUAACAAGUGCCAACAUUUCUCGGACAUCCAACCGAUCGACCGGGCCUUCACCUGGCCGCACCAACACAAGCAGACUUUCAGCUCAGAGUCGCAACAGAUCAAGGAAUUCAUCCUUGGGCAGUCAAGGAGACCUGAGUGAUGGUGGGAUGUCGGAUUCCUCCUAUAGAGGCCUCAGGAACUACAAUAAUAAUUGCAAACAGAAGAGGACUUCCUACCAAACAAGUCCUGGUGUGCCAAGAAAGGAUACAAGGAGAGCACCAGUGAACUCAAAGAAGAAAAUAUUGGCCAGUACCCCUGAUUCGGAGUCAGGGCGGAGGAGACCUGUGAGGAAGAAGGAGAACUACCCUGACAGUGGUGAUGAGAGCGAGUAUUUUGACAGAUCAGCUGAGAUCUGUGACAUUGACGAGCGAUUGAACCGACUCCAGCAGCUGAUGAAAGCCAGUCUGUCAUGAUGACAACUGCCAUAGACGACCCUUUUCUAUUUCAUGUUCAAGAUGGCCCAAGCUGUAUAAAAUAUUCUGUGCAUUCCUGAGAUGGUUACAUGAAUUUUGAGAAUCUACAAUCAUUAUUAUUAUGAAGUCAAUGAAUAUGAUGAAGUCAGAAUUAUUAUUACUGCGUUGAAGAUAUUAUUUUGUUGAAAGAUUGUUUUUAAUAGAUUCAUUGACAUUUUAACAUGGGUAUCAAUAUGUUCAAAAUAUCGUCCUGUUUUAGCCAUUUACUUUUUAAUUACCGUAUUUAACGUAAUAAGCGCCCAGGGCCCUCUAAAAAUUAGAAAUAGGGGGCUCUUAUUAGAAUAUUAUUUUGUCAAAAAAAAACAGAGUUGAAAGAUAAAUUUCGUGGUUUAUGCUGACAGCC